AUGAUCUCUCAGCUUUUCGUGGGAGCUGCUUUGGCGGUGACUGCCUCCUCAAGAGCAUUGAGUGUCAGACAAUCCUCCUCCGAUGUCUCGCCAGGAUACUCCGCUAGCAAUGUCGAGAUGACCGCAUUUGGUCUGACGGCAGACUUGACUCUUGCUGGUCCAGCGACCAACACUUACGGCAACGAUAUCGAGAACCUCAAGCUGACUGUGAAUUACGAUACUGAGAAAAGGCUACACGUGAAGAUCGAGGAUGCUCCAACGAUUGCUUACCAGGUUCCCAUCUCCGUCUUUCCAACUCCGGACAACUCCAGCUCGGUCUCAGCCGAUGCUUCGGAAUUGAACUUCACAUGGGAAGAGUCUCCUUUCAGCUUCCGCGUGAUUCGCAAGGCCAACUCGGACAUCCUGUUCGACUCCUCCGCUUCGGAACUUGUGUUCCAGGACCAGUACCUCCGCCUUCGCACUGCGCUGCCAGCGAAUCCUAACUUGUACGGUUUGGGAGAGCACACGGAUCCAUUCCGAUUGAACGCCACGAAUUAUACCCGAACCAUGUGGUCCCGCGACAGUUACGGUGUUCCUCCGGGUACGAACUUGUACGGCAACCACCCGAUCUACUUCGACCACAGAGGCGCCAACGGAACGCAUGGUGUGUUCCUGCUUUCUAGUUCCGGCAUGGAUGUCAAGAUCAAUCAGAGUGAGACCGGAGAGCAAUACUUGGAGUACAACCUCAUGUCUGGCGUGCUCGACUUGUAUUUCAUGGCCGGUCCAACUCCCACAGAAGUCUCAAAACAAUACGCUGAAAUUGCGGGUCUGCCAGCAAUGAUGCCAUACUGGGGAUUCGGUCUUCAUCAGUGCAGAUACGGAUAUCGCGACUAUCUUGGUGUCGCAGAGGUCGUUGCCAAUUACUCGGUUGCUGGCAUUCCUCUUGAAACAAUGUGGACUGAUAUCGAUUACAUGUACGAACGCUACAUCAUGACGACCGAUCCAGACAGAUAUCCCAUUGCACGAGUCCGAGACAUUGUUGAUUAUCUUCACGACCACGAUCAACACUACGUCGUCAUGGUCGAUCCGGCGGUAAGAUCUUUCGACAAUCUCACAUACACCACGUUCACCGAUGCUCGCGAUGAUGGGCUCUUCUUGUAUAAGAAUGAUGACAUCUUCAAGGGAGUCGUCUGGCCUGGAGUCACGGCCUUCCCAGACUGGUUCCACCCAAAAACGCAGGACUACUGGACCAACGAGUUCCUACAGUUCUUCAACGCUGACACUGGAGUCGAUAUUGACGCUCUCUGGAUUGACAUGAACGAGGCCGCAAACUUCAAUCACUUUGGUGACGAUGUGGACAAGACGGCCGCCGAAUCCGGCUUUCCGCCUUCCCGACCAGCCCUGAGAUCCCAGCCAAGGCAAAUACCAGGCUUUCCAUCUGAGUUCCAGCCUGGCGCACAGCCUUACCCAGCAGACGACCUCGCUUAUGCUCCUCCAUGGCUCGCACCAGCGAGCAAUCCGAAUGAUGUCGCCAAGCAUCUGCUCGCACCGCCGUACCAGAUCAAGAAUGCCAACACUCAGCAAGCCCUCGGAGGACUCUCGAACUCUACACUUGAUACGGAUAUCGUGCAUUAUGACGGACAUGUGGAGCUUGAUGUUCACAACCUUUAUGGCAGCAUGAUGAGCACAGCAUGCCGAACAGCUAUGCUAGCUCGUCGACCAGCGAGACGUCCACUAAUCAUCACCCGCUCGACUUUUGCAGGUGCCGGUACCCAGGUGGGAAAAUGGUUGGGCGACAACCUUUCCACAUGGGAGCAAUAUCGUUUCUCGAUCGCAGGCAUGCUUAACUUUGCCGCUCUCUUCCAAAUGCCUAUGGUUGGUAGCGACAUCUGCGGCUUCGGCGCAAACACCACCGAGACUCUCUGCGCACGAUGGGCUACCCUUGGAGCUUUCUACACAUUUAUGCGCAACCACAACGGUGACACCUCAAUCCCGCAGGAGUUCUAUUUGUGGGACACCGUGGCCGAAGCCGCUCGCAGCGCGCUCGACAUUCGCUACCGUCUGCUCGACUACAUUUACACUGCUUUGCACAAGCAGACCAAGACUGGGACACCCGUGGCCAACCCGAUGUUCUUCAUCUACCCCAACGACACCAACACUUUCGGCACCCAACUUCAGUUCUUCUACGGAGAGUCGAUCUUGGUUUCCCCAGUCACAGAGGAGAACUCCACAAGCGUCGACAUCUACCUACCUGACGAUCGCUUCUAUGCGUGGGGUUCGUGGGACGUCGUCGAAGGUAAAGGCGAGGCGGUUACGCUGAAUGACAUUGGCUUUACCGAAAUUCCUCUCCAUGUCCGCGGAGGCAGCGUUCUUCCCGUCCGAGCGGGAUCUGGCAUGACCACAACAUCCACUCGCAAGUUCCCCUUCAACAUCAUCAUCGCACCAGGAAGAGACGGAAAAGCGUCGGGCUCGCUAUACCUCGACGAUGGCGACAGUAUCGAGCAGGCUGCUACUUCGGAAAUCACUUUCAUAUUUGAGGACGGCUUGCUCUCUAUCGGAGGAACGUUUGGCUAUACCGAUGAAGAGUUUCGCAUCUCUGGAGUUACUCUUCUCGGAUGCGAGAGCGCCAGAGGAGCACCGGCGUAUCAGCACCACAAUGGGAAGAAGAGGGAUGCUGAGUCGUGGACCGCGGUCGCUGACGGUGCUUGGUCGGAGGACCUUGGGAAGGGCGUAAGAACUGCGCAAUUGGACGAGGUUUUGACGGGUGAGUUCUCCAUGCACUUAUAGAGCAUUGUGGGAUGAGGAACGAGAUCAUGAAUGUGUG